AUUUCUUUUUUGUGACACUUUAUACUUGAUAUUUUUCAUAUUAUUCUUCUUCAAGGUGCCUUGAGCGCUUACUUGCACAAUGGGUACCUUCAAGAAGGAAGCCACUCGUAAAGAGCGGCAGGGGAAGACUGGAGAUGGCAUGGGGAACGUCCGUGUAAAGGGUGAAAACUUUUACAGAGAUGCGAAGAAGUUGAGGACCUUGAAUAUGCUCAAGGAUGGUAAACCCCAACGUAACGCUGAAGGAAAGAUCACGAAGGCUGCUUCGUACCAGUCUCGAGACGCCCCCGUCGCUAGGAUUGAACCCAACCGUAAAUGGUUUGGAAACACCAGAGUGAUCUCGCAAGAGGCUCUGUCCUCUUUCCGUGAGGCGGUCGCUGAGCGUGCCUCUGAUCCGUAUUCCGUCUUGCUCAAGACCAACAAGCUUCCCAUGAGCCUGAUCAGAGAUGACAAGGGUGUGAAUGGGCUGAAGCAGCACCAGGCCAAGAUGGCCAUCGAGAACAACCCCUUCAGUGACACCUUCGGGCCCAAGGCUCAGAGGAAACGUGUCAAGUUGGGUGUCUCGUCGCUUGCGGAUCUGGCUGGCGAGACCGCCAAGAUGCACGACGCCUUUGUUGAGAAGUCGGACCAUGCUACUUAUGAAGAUGGUACUAUGGUGGUGAACGGUGAUGAUGUCGCAGUAGAGGAAGACUCUAGUGUCGCGCCCAUCGCGAAGGAGGCUGUCUUCCUCAAGGGACAGAGUAAGCGUAUCUGGAACGAGCUCUACAAGGUCAUCGAUUCCUCCGAUGUUGUCAUCCAUCUCCUUGAUGCUCGUGAUCCGGAGGGUACACGGUGCAAGAGUAUUGAGAAGUACAUCCGAGAGGAGGCUCCUCACAAGCACUUGAUUUUCGUCCUGAACAAGUGCGAUCUCGUACCUACAGGUGUGGCGGCUGCUUGGGUUCGCCACCUUUCUAAGGAUUAUCCUACCCUGGCUUUCCAUGCUUCUAUCAACAACUCCUUCGGAAAGGGCUCGUUGAUCCAGCUACUGAGACAAUUUUCUUCUUUGCACUCGGACCGGAAGCAGAUCUCCGUGGGAUUCAUUGGAUACCCCAACACUGGAAAGUCUUCCGUCAUCAACACCUUGCGCAAGAAGAAGGUGUGCACUGUGGCUCCUAUUCCGGGUGAAACCAAGGUGUGGCAGUACGUUACCUUGAUGAAGAGGAUCUACCUCAUUGAUUGCCCUGGUGUUGUUCCUCCAAACCCGAAUGACUCUCCUGAGGAUAUUCUUCUCCGUGGUGUCGUCCGUGUGGAGAACGUAGAGAACCCUGAGCAGUACAUUCCAGCUAUUCUCAAGCGUGUUCAGCCCAAGCAUUUGGAGCGUACCUACGGUAUCAAGCGCACUGACGACCCCAUCGAGUUCCUCAGUCUCCUCGCCCGCAAGGGUGGUCGCCUCCUCCGUGGUGGAGAGCCUGAUCUCGACGGUGUUGCCAAGAUGGUCAUCAACGAUUUCCUUCGUGGAAAGAUCCCUUGGUUCACUGCCCCCCCUCACAACUCUGGCGAGGAGGGCGAGAAGAUUGAAGGACGUGAAGGUCGCCUCGGUGAAAUGAGCCGCAAGCGGAAGCUUGAUGAGACCGCUCCUGAGGCUGCCGAUACCACUGAAGCCGCUGAGAAGCAAGAGUCUGGCUCAGGAGAUGAGUUCGAGGGCUUUGACGAGGAAGAUGAUGAUAACGACUCGAUCGCCAAUCUCGAGGUUAGCGACGAGGAGAGCGGAGCAGAGGAAGAUUAAACAAAAGAUCUACUCUGAAUUACUUUCAACACCUCGCGGAUCGCCGAUCCGCCCGUCAGUAACCCAUUGACCUUGGGCCCAUGUCGUCGCCCUUCCAACGGGAGCGGAACCGACAGUCACGCCAUGCCCGACCGAUCAUCGGGCCGCUGACAAAAAGCUGUAUGGCCCACUGGCAUCCUUGACGAUGCAGAUCGAUCGGAGGUCGGAACGCCACCGAGCAUAUCCAGUCCAGGCCUGGUUUCACACGGCCUUGCUGACAUGCCACCUGGACAGCUUGCCUGCCAGUACAUGUCAACCCAUGCAGGAAAGACCGGGAUCCGAGCCAGCCAUCCCUCGGCCCCACUGCUUUUACUUUUAGAUACCCGCAUAGUGCUGAGAAGCAUAGCAUCAAAUCAAGAGAG